AUGGACUCUCCUUCAGGGCCCAGAGCCCCACCAGGCUUAACUCAGGGACCCAGCUUUAUGGCCAGCCCUGCCCUACACAGCCAUUGGACCAGCACUCAGAACGUCUCUGCAAGAGCCCAGCUUCUAUCUGUAAGCCCCACGGUAUCUGGACCUGAGGCUGCUGCCUGGGUCCCCUUCCCCACGGUCAAUGUCCCAGACCAUGCUCACUAUAUCCUGGGUACGGUGAUCCUGCUGGUGGGGCUCACAGGGAUGCUGGGCAAUCUGACAGUCAUCUACACCUUCUGCAGGAACAGAGGCCUGCGGACACCGGCAAACAUGUUCAUUAUCAACCUCGCAGUCAGCGACUUCCUCAUGUCAUUCACUCAGGCCCCGGUCUUCUUCGCCAGCAGCCUCUACAAGAAGUGGCUCUUUGGGGAGACAGGUUGCGAGUUCUAUGCCUUCUGUGGGGCUGUCUUCGGCAUCACGUCCAUGAUCACCCUGACCGCCAUAGCCCUGGACCGUUAUCUGGUGAUCACACGUCCACUGGCCACCAUCGGGAUGGGAUCCAAAAGACGAACAGCACUUGUCUUGCUGGGUGUCUGGCUCUAUGCUCUGGCAUGGAGUCUGCCACCCUUCUUUGGCUGGAGUGCCUAUGUGCCUGAGGGGCUGCUGACGUCCUGCUCCUGGGACUACAUGACCUUCACGCCCCGGGUGCGUGCCUAUACCAUGCUGCUCUUCUGCUUCGUAUUCUUCCUCCCUCUGCUCAUCAUCAUCUGCUGCUACGUCUUCAUCUUCAGGGCCAUCCGAGAGACAGGCCGGGCCUGUGAGGGCUGCAGUGAGUCCCCUCAACGGCAUCGGCAGUGGCGUCGGCUGCAGAGUGAGUGGAAGAUGGCCAAGGUCGCACUGAUUGUCAUCCUGCUCUUCGUGCUCUCCUGGGCUCCCUACUCCACUGUGGCCCUGGUGGCCUUUGCUGGGUACUCGCAUGUCCUGACGCCCUACAUGAGCUCAGUGCCAGCUGUCAUCGCCAAGGCUUCUGCCAUCCACAACCCCAUCAUUUACGCCAUCACCCACCCCAAGUACAGGGCAGCCAUUGCCCAGCACCUGCCCUGCCUCGGGGUCCUUCUUGGAGUGUCGGGCCAGCACAGGCACCCCUCCCUCAGCUACCGCUCUACUCAUCGCUCAACACUGAGUAACCAGUCCUCCGACCUCAGCUGGAUCUCCGGACGGAAGCGUCAAGAGUCCCUGGGUUCUGAGAGUGAGGUGAGGUGGACAGAUACAGAAACAACAGCUGCGUGGGGAGCUGCCCAACAAGCAAGUGGACCACCCUCCUGCAGUCAAGACCUGGACAAUAAGGAAGUCAAGGCUCCUUCCAGCCCCCAGACCAAGGGACAGCUCCCUAGCCUGGACCUUGGGAUAUAGGAUGCCCGCUGGCCCUCCCUUUCUUCUGCUACUUGUCCAGCCCAUCGCCUCCCUAUUGCAUGCACAGACCUGGGAUUUAUCUCACAAGCCUGGAAGCUCUGGAGGUGUCACUGCUUCCUGUGCUACACUGGACGCACAGCUCCGGCCCCUUCCCACACUGUAAAACUCCUGCACUACUCAGCUCGGCAGCCACACCGGGGCUCUGCCCGAAGCAGGGACCCAGGCUCUCUCUCCUGCUUCGCUUCCAGCCGCCGCCGCCGCCGCCACCGCCGCCACCUCUCCUCAGACACUGUAUGCUGCAAUUGUCCAGGCAAUGACAAUAGCGAUGGCACUGGGAACUCAUCAGCUAUUUACGAGCCAAGCAUCUACGCUAGCCUUUGUGACCUGGCUGGACAGCUCAUUGGUUCAGAAAGCUCAGCCUGGCGUCCCCUGCUGCCAGUGGUCAAAAGUAGAACACAGAAUUUACUUUGCGCACUAGAAACACUUCUUCACCCCAGGCUAUCCCCUAGCAUUCACACUGUGGCCCACACUCACAUGUACAUGGGCACUGGCAGGCACUUAGGUACCUAUCUGUAUGCACACCAAGCACAUGUAUGCGCACCCUGCCCUUGCUCAUU